UAAGCCAGUUAGCUAUUAAUCAUUCUAUCAUUUAAACUAUUCAAUUUGAAGGAUUUUGUUAAAAGUGCCCUGUAUUAUUGCACAUUAAGGUAAAAAUACCUCGAAAAUAUAUUUUUCUGAUGUUCUUUCCCAACGCUGUAAACGUCCUUUUGGUUGCAAUCAUGGCGACUCUCGACCAUCAGACUGAGAGGGCUUUCCAGCACCAGCCCACUAUUAACCUGAACAAGAAGGGACAGAAGGGUGGAAAAGCCCUCAGAUACCACAGAAAUGUUGGUCUUGGUUUCAAGACUCCUCGUGAGGCCAUCUCUGGCAUGUACAUUGACAAGAAGUGCCCGUUCACGGGUAACGUGUCGAUCCGCGGCCGAAUCCUGACUGGCGUCGUGCAGAAGAUGAAAAUGCAGCGCACCAUCGUCAUCCGCCGCGAGUACCUGCACUACAUCCGCAAGUACAACCGCUUCGAGAAGCGCCACAAGAACAUGAGCGUCCACAUGUCUCCCUGCUUCCGGGACGUGAAGAUCGGCGACACGGUGACCGUGGGCGAGUGCCGGCCUCUGAGCAAGACCGUUCGCUUCAACGUGCUCAAGGUCGUCAAGAGCUCCGGCUCGAAAAAGUCAUUCGCCAAGUUCUGAAUCAUGCAACGCCGAUGAAAAUAAAUAAGAAAUGCCACUUC